AUGGUCCACGCAGACCAGCCAAUUGUGAUUGUGGGAGCCGGGUGCUUUGGGUUGUCCACAGCGUACCAUCUGCUGAGGAGGGGAUACGUUGAUGUUACUGUCCUUGACCGGUCCUUCGACCUACCAGCACCGGAUGCGGCCAGUAAUGAUCUCAACCGAAUUGUGCGAUCGUCCUAUUCGGACAGGUUCUAUUCUGGCCUUGCGCGAGAAGCCAUAUUGUCCUGGAAAGACGUAAAGGAAUGGGGCGAUACCUAUCACGAAUCGGGCGUCUUGGUCUUAGGCGCCGCCACGGAAGGGAAAACUUAUGUAGAUCAAUCCUACGCGAACGAUGUUGCACUAGGUGCCGUCGUCCAACGACUGGACAACGUUGACGCGAUCCGCUCAGUUUUUCCCGUACAAACUCAUACGGCUUCAUUCUCCGGGCGUACUGGCUUUCUCAAUCGCGAUGGGGGAUGGGCUAAGGCGGGCCAGGGGCUGUCCGUCCUUCUAUCGAAAGUUGUUGCAUUGGGGGGGAAGAUCCUUCCGGGCAAGGCUGUUAAGAACCUCAUCCGAAAGGAGAGAAGAACGGCUGGAGUGCUCUGCGAAGAUGACGACGCGUUUGAAACUACGACCGUCAUCCUCGCAACAGGAUCUUGGACUCCUUCCGCUUUUCCUGGGCUAAAUUUAGGCCGUGCAUGCCUCGCCACUGGGCAGUCUAUCGCGAUGGUUCAGCUUUCAGACGAAGAGGCGGACAAGUAUCGACACUGUCCUGUGGUCCUUGAUUUUAGCUCUGGGUUUUACAUUUUCCCACCCAACGACAAGAAUGUUGUGAAGAUGGCAAUACAUUCAGCAGGCUAUACACACACACACGAAACAGUCUCGACGCCUCGCACGAUAAGCAGCAACCCUGAGGAUGGCCAUUGUAUUCCAAAAGCUAGUCUGCAAGAGCUUAGAAAGCACUUACGCAGUGUCUACCCAGAUCUCGCGGACAAAUCAUUCAGCAAUACCCGUCUUUGUUGGUACAAUGACUCUCCCGAUGGAGAUUGGGUAAUUGGACGCUUCCCAGGGGAUUCGUCGCUCAUACUUGCCACUGCAGGUAGCGGCCACGCGUAUAAGUUUCUUCCCGUCAUCGGUCGUCUUGUUGCGGACCUUGUAGACAACAAGCUCGACCCCAAGGUCGCUGGAAAAUUCGCCAUCGAUCGUGUCUACGUCCGUCCAGAUACCUCUCGGUCUGGUCCGGCCAUAGAAUUAGACUUGGAUCAAUUAUGCACACAGCAAGACCUGGAGAACUAA